AUGCAAGUCAAACUGCAUACUUUUGUACAGUCAUUUACGCUUUUGUUUGUUCCGAUCUUCAUGUACUUCUUCAAAGGAUUUCUCUCGAAAGUUACCUCGUUGGACCCUUGGCUCUUAUCAGGACUGACUGUGGUUUCAUGUAUGCCACCUCCGGUUUCUUCCGCAGUUAUUCUCACAAAAGCAGUUGGUGGUAACGAGGCUGCUGCUAUUUUUAAUUCUGCCUUCGGCUCCUUCUUGGGAAUUGUCGCUACUCCACUUCUUUUGUUGACUUUCAUGGGCGAAUCUGCAGCGAUGAGUUUCACUUCAAUUUUUGCCCAGCUUUCUGUCACCGUCGUCAUCCCAUUAAUUUGUGGUCAGAUCUUACGCCAAUUUGUCAAAGAGUGGCUCGAAGUAAGAAAGCCACCUUUUGGGGAGAUGAGCAGUUUUAUGUUGCUGAUGAUUAUUUACACCACUUUCUGCGAUACAUUUCUGUCCCCUCAUCUGAAAAUCGAUCCUUACUCUUUGAUCACUAUCGCCGUCAUCAUCUUCUGUCUCCAAGUCUCCUUUAUUUCCCUCACCUUCUGGCUUUCUCAGCGACAAUGCUUUGGCUUCACGGCCAAAGAUACUGUAGCAAUCAUGUUCACUGCUACUCACAAGUCCCUCACGCUUGGAAUUCCCAUGUUGAAAAUCAUCUACAGCGGCUCCGAUCAUUUGAGUCUCCUUUCGAUCCCUCUUCUUUGCUAUCAUCCGACUCAAAUUCUUCUUGGCGGCUGUUUGGUGCCUUCCGUCCAGACCUGGAUGAACUCGAAGCUUCGGCAAGUUGCUCCCGACAUUUAA